GUCAAGUUUUACGACUAACGACGUCAAUUUCAUUGAAAGUUGAAGUUGAAACUGGUUCUAGUAGCGCGAAAGGAAUGAGGACAUAUCUCUGAAAACAAGUGAUUGUAAAAUAUAAAACCGUAUCACAAUGCCGCCAAGCAGCUUACGGGUAGUGUACGCGUUCGCAAGAGAAAUGCAUCCAAAAACGACUGAUGUUUUCAUACAAUACGGGACGGCCGGAUUCCGCACAAAGGCCAAUCUAUUGGAACAUGUGGUCUACCGCAUGGGUUUGCUGGCCGUCAUCAGAUCCAGGGUGAAGAAUGGUCGCACAAUAGGAAUGAUGAUAACUGCCUCCCACAACCUGGAGCCUGACAACGGAGUGAAACUGGUCGACCCUGAUGGUGAGAUGUUGGAGGAAAGCUGGGAGGAGAUCGCUACUAGACUAGCUAAUGUUAGUGACAAUGACUUGGAGGCAACGACUGUGGAGAUUAUCAAAGAAGUGAAUGCUGAUAUGGCGCUCAAAGCAAGUGUUUUCAUCGGAAUGGAUACCAGAUACACAAGUCCCCGCCUAGCUGCCGCGGCGGCUAACGGCGUGAUAGCUCUGAAGGGUACUCCCAAAGAGUUCGGCAUCGUCACCACUCCCAUGUUGCAUUUCUUCGUCAAGUGCAGGAACGAUAAUACUUACGGCACUCCUAAUGAAGAAGGAUACUACGAGAAGAUAGUCGGAGCAUUUAAGAACAUUCGCAAAAGACUGACGGUGCAUGGCAAUUAUUCUACCCGGUUGCACAUCGACGGCGCCAAUGGCGUCGGUGGGAAGAAACUCAACAUUAUCAACAAGAGCUUAGACGGACAACUGGACUUGCAGCUACAUAAUCUAGGGGGAAAUGGGGGGAAACUUAAUUUGGGGUGCGGAGCCGACCACGUGAAAGUAACGCAGACGCCAGCGACGGGCUUCACACACACACCGUUCGAACGAGUCGCCUCGCUCGACGGAGAUGGCGACAGAAUCGUAUAUUAUUAUGUUAAUGAUGACCCAGAACCAAAAAUGUUUCUUCUCGACGGUGACCGCAUAGCGACACUACUAGCUUCCUACAUAACUGAGCUGCUACAGGCCUGCGGUGCUCAGCACUUGCAGAUGGGCAUCGUGCAGACUGCAUACGCUAACGGCGCAUCCACUAACUAUAUCACUGAUACUCUCAAAAUCCCCGUAAAAUGCGUGAAGACAGGAGUGAAACACUUGCACCACGCGGCGCUGGGCUUCGACAUCGGCGUGUACUUCGAGGCCAACGGUCACGGCACCGUGAUUUACAGCAAAAACGCUAAGAAUACUAUCAGCAGAAUCUCGCAGGAAGGAGAACCCGAGGCCCGCAAAGCAGCAGAACUUCUUCUAGACUUCAUAGACAUGACCAACGAGACAGUAGGAGAUGCUCUAUCCGACCUGUUCCUCGUAGAGACAGUGCUGUGUGCUCGAGGCGCCUCCGUACAGCAGUGGGCAGACUACUACACAGACCUGCCUUGUAGGCAGCUUAAAGUUAUCGUACAGGACCGCAACGCAAUAACAACGACAGACGCGGAACGUCAAUGCAUGACGCCUGAGGGGCUGCAGACGCGGAUCAAUGAGCUCGUGGCCAAGUACAACCACGGCCGGGCCUUCGCCAGACCCUCGGGCACUGAGGAUAUUGUCAGGGUUUAUGCUGAGGCUGAUACACAGACGAAUGCGGAUUUAUUAGCAGCCGAAGUUUCGCAAGCUGUAUUCGACCUGGCGGGCGGAGUCGGGGCGCGGCCCGAGCUGCCCGCACAAGCAUAGAGAGCUGUAUAUACCAAAAUGAACAAAUCUUCAUACUUUAUUUACUAAUCGGAUAUCACAAUUUAUUAUUUUGAAAAUAUUUUUGUCUAAAUAUCUGUUUUAAUUAGUCUUGUUUUAACGUUAUUUUGCUAAAAUCUAAAAUGGUUAAAAAAUUAUUUCAAAGUAAUAUGGAAAUAUCUAUAUUUUUAAGGGUCAGAUAUUUAGACAAAAACAUUGACUUAGAAAAAAUAAAAUCAUUCAAAAAUCUUAUCAUAAAUAAUCGCGGAGCGAUUCUAUAUAUUAUUCUUUUAAAUACAUAUUUAUAAUUAUAAUAAAUAAAUAAUCAACAAAAAUAUGUAUAAUAAAAUAAAAUUAAUUUAGUUAAUAGUUUUAAUCUUCAGUCAUUUCGGUACAACGCACUACUAGUCCAUUGGUUUAUUUUGGUGCAAAUUAUUUUGGACCAAUGUUUUUUUUUUAUUUUAUUUUUACUUGCAUGAAUCUUUUUUAAAUAACCUAAGUAUUCACUAGACAGUUUAUUUUUACAUCACCUUACCAUCUUAUAAGUGACAUUAAAUUAAAAACGGAAAAAAUCUAGAAGUCCUUUAAUUUUUAAGCUCAAAACCGGACAUACAAUUGAAUUCAGUUGUUGUCCAGUGAAUACAAAGAUUAUUUAUAGAUAAGCUCUCUUGCUCAUAAAAAAGUAUCUAGGUGCUACUGACAAAAAAAAAAAAAACAAUUUAAAAACACAUACUUAACCCGCCCAUAAAAUAAUACAAAAAUUAUUCACACACGCAAUCAUAAAAUAUUUUAAGAAAUCGAAGCAUUUCGAGAUGUUUUUAUCACAAUGUGGUCUGAAGUUAGUUGCAAACCGCCAUUAAGUUUGCCGAGUACUAUACCAGUCCAAUUUAUAGUAGUUCAAAUUUUAUUCCACGCUUGCGUUUUAUACACAGUACCAUAGGAAAAUAACACUGCCCUUGACUCUAAGAAUAUUUUUUGCCACUUUUCACAUUAGAAAAUAUUUUAAGAAAAUUGUGGCGCUAUGUCUAAAAAGGUACUUGAUUAUAAUAUUAGCCUAAAUUAAAAUUAUUAAUAACGUAUUCGUAAAGUUUACACUGAAUUAAAAAUGGAUAACCAUUCUAACUAUAUAUAAUGUUGUGAAUGGAAAUGACUUGCGUUUGUGAAAUUCUAACGCAAAAAUGUCUGAACCGAUUUGGAUGAAUGAUGUUGAUUUAAAACUAUCUUUUUGUAGACUUUCGAUUGAUAUGGACAAUUUAUAAAUUACACAUUUGUUUAAAAAAAAGUAGGAUGUUUAAAAAUUAAUGUAUGAUAAAUAUUUUACGUAGUUAUCGACUGUAAUAUUAGACUGGACAUAAAAUUGUCUAACUAUUUGAGAGAUUAUUAACCUCGGAGUUAAUUAUUAUAUCUAUCUAAACUACUAACUGUAUAAAAGUCUAGAAUUUAAGAACGAUAAAAUCCAGUGCUUCUUGCAUCUAUAAAACAAAUAUUUUGAAAUUAUUAGUGUAUGUAAAAAGUUUUUAUAAUCUAUGGACCAAAAUAUUUAGUUUAAAAUUUAAAUUGCAUUGCGUAUGUUAGGUAAAUUAAUUGGUUUUCAGUGAGUGUACAGUGUUCUUUUCAAUGUUGAUAAAUAUGGCAAAGUUUCAGCCAAUUUGUAUGAAAAAUCUGACAGCCAUAUAAAACACCUUAACUUGACAUUGUAUAUUACUCAUUUUUAAAAAUAACUCAUGAAAAACAUUCAACUUAAAUAAUAUGGGUUCCGUGUAUUUCUUUCGGUAUACCUAAAAGGAUAAUUUGUGCACCCACACGAGAUUAGAGAGAUUUAUUUUAAAUAUCAAGGUAUGAAAGUAUAGAGUUAAUAAAUGCGUAUGGUUGUAAGUAUGAAUAACCUUUUAAAUUGUGAUUGAAGGCAGAAAGAGAAACAAUAUAAUAUAUAUUUUUCGCCUCUAUUUUAAUGAAAAUAAAUCAUGCGCAUAUAACUGCAUUUAGCCUACUUUACUUUUAAAUAGGUAUCACAAUGCACACGCAUAUUCAUUAGAUUAAGUAUUUUGGUCUUUACACAAGCUUGUUACGAAAAAAUAAAGUGCAGAAGUCCAAUUAGACUUUUUUUUUCUUUACCUCUCUGCCACUAAAAUAUCUGGACCCUAGGCACUUAUAUUACACUAGAAAACAACUGUACAUUUUAUUUAAAAAAAUAAGAACAUAAAAGCAAUUUGUAAAAAUAAAUUGGCUUUACAAUUCCUGGCAUAAGAAUUGGUCUUCUGCACUUAAAACUGCAAUAGUGAAUUGAAACAGCUCGAUAGAAUUCGAUAACGUAUCUCGAUAUAAUUCUUUAUAUUUUGCACUAAACAUUUUAUCGUAUUUCGUAAUUUGUAUUCGGCUAUCAAUCAGCAUAUUUUUGUACUGUAUUUUACUUAUAUUUUAUUUUUCUUGUGUUGUGAUAUAUAAAACAUAGUCUUGGUUUUUAAAGAUGGAUACAUCGCGAAUUAAAAAUGUUCAUAUUUAAAAUUUAAACCAAUUAAACGGCUGAACUGCUUUUUAUUCUAACGUAAAAUAGAGCUAUGUCCUAUAUUUCGAUAUCUAGUUUAUUUUAAACACAGGUUGACGGUCAGUUAAUUUUAACCGUGAGCCGGUGCCAAAAGUACGACACAAUUUUCAAAUAGGCAUGCCUGUUUACCUACCCAACUUUCUACGAGACUGAGUAAUUGUGGGUGGGUUCCAAUCCAGGAUAGAUUAAUGAAAUGUUAGGUUUUACAGUAUGCAGUGCCGACUAAUAUAUUAUGGGACAGUGCCCCUUAUAAAAUGGACAUUAAACCAAACUAGUAAAAGGCUACUUUGGCUUUAUUUGGGUUACUCUAAUGCUGCUGACUAAUUCGCGAUGCGUCCGAAUAUAGUUUUAUUCUCCAACGAUCUCGAAGGUCACAGAACGAAAAUGUCCAGAGGAAUGUUCGUAGAUAAUAACAAUGAAAACAUUUAAAGGGAAUAAUAUAUUUAUCUACACCUUCUGAUAAGCACGGAUAAGAGGAAUUUAUAUGAUAAGAUUGACAGUUAGAUAUACUUAGAUAACGUUCUGAUAUGGGCAUACGUGGUGAACGUAACGUCUGAUCGUAUAAAUGUUGGUCAGGUGUAUUGGUACUUGAUUAGUCAUUUUAUGUUAGAAAAUACAUAAUCUUGAUCGACGUAUGUUGAGUAAGGCUCUACCAGAAAAGAGUUACAUAUUAAAAUUGGACCUUAAAAACACAAGUGUAAAGUCGAAAAGAAAUGGGGUAUCCCAUAUGUCUACAAAAUACACAAAUAUUACUUAAUUUUAUGACAGAGAAUAAUGAUUGAGCUGUCUUUAAAAUUGAGUGUCGUUUGUAUCAAAUGAAUGACUGUUAUUCAAUGAAGAUUACAAAAUAUUGACUGGUAAUCAUUUUACACCUUAAGUAGUAGAUAUUUAUACAAUAUCAUACUAUUGAAACUGUGUGUAAAUAUUGUGUCUAUAUGUGAAUCCUUGUCCACCCGUUAGACGCAUUUGUAGUAGAAGCUUUUACAAAAUAGAUUUAGUCAGCCAUACAUUCCUUGUUUCUUACUCAAGAUACUGUCCCAUGCUUGCAAUUUAGUAACUACUAAUUUAUUUUGGUUCUAUAUGGAAGUUAGAAAGGUUAACAUCAGCUUAGCUAUGGA